AUGCUGAUAAUGCACUGGUUCCUUGCCUUUAGUCUCCCCAAUCACCACGCCCGCUACAUGGCCGCAUGGCCUCGUACGCGUGAUGUCGAUGGCGUUAGCCGCGACGACGGCAAUAAUGACCGCGGCGGCUCUGACUACGACAGGCCCCGGAACGACGAUCGGGCACGGGACCGGCGGGUCUGGCGACGCCAACAGCAACCUUUACCGCAGGAUUCUUGGGGCGAGCAAAUCGCUGGCGGCGGUAGCGGUAGCCGUAGCAGCCGCCACGACACGGCCGAUCUUCCCCCAAACUCGCCGCAGCCCCUGCCGCUGAGGCCGCCGAGGCCAUGGCGAACCCCGCAGGGGGGCAGAAACAAUCCCUGGGAGGCGGUGGCCUCAGAAGGCUUCAGGAGGCCCACGGGGCACUACGAGUACGACCGCGGCGGCGGCGACGGCGGUGGCGGCGGCGGCGAUCUUCAAAAACCCCGACAGGACGCGCAGGCCUACGUAGCCGCGCACGUUCUGGGGCCAUCGCAGGUAGCCACGGCCGUGGUUGCGUACUCCAGACUCGUCAACGGGGAGGCGACGGCGACGUCGCCGCUGCCGCCGAACGACGCGGCGACGGCGGCAGCGGAUCUUGACGCCGCAGAUCACCGCCCCGACGACGACGACGACGGCAGCGGACGUGGAAGCGGGAGAGGCGCAGCAGCUCCAGGGAGGGGCGUGGUGCCUGGGAGAUUGAGAGAGCACCUGCAGGCGAAACUGCUUGAAGCGGCGCCGGCGCUAGGUUUAAAGGAGCUGUCGUACUGUAUGUACGGCUUGGCGGCGCUGCCAAGGGGCUAUCGCCUGCUAACAGUGACGGAGGACGCCGGUCGGCGGCUCAGCAAUGCACUUCUUAGCCGUUUGGAGGCAAACCUGUACGAACUGGCGGACAAGUUACGUAGUACGACAAACGCGACGGAGGCGCGCCGCAGCCGCAGAGAUGACGACGACGACGUCGACCACGACGGCUCUGGCGAACGGGAGCACCGAUUGGAGGCGUACUGUCUGACUUAUGUGUGUACGGCGUUACGAAAGCUGAACGUUGUACGACCAUCCGUACAUCGAGCAUUGGCGGCGGCGGCGGCGCCUCUGCUUGGUAAUGCGCUGGCUGGGGAAGCGCUGCCGCCGCUGGUGCUUGGUUUUCUGGAGGCGGGCAACCCGGAGCCGCUCUUCAUGGAGCAGCUCGUACACCAGUCAUCCUUGCCGUACAGCCUCGCACGGACGAACAGCAUCUUUGCUUGCACCGUACUGCUGCGGGCAGCUGGGCAAAUCGGGGCGGAACCCGCUCUCGGCUCCCUAGGCCGUGUAGUCCUCUACCCUCCUCUCCUGAAGGUGGCUUGCGAGGCAGCAGGUCUGGGCCCCGGCUCGGAGCUCGUCCAACUGCUACUGCAAGAGGUAAUGACGCUCUCACACAGGACAUGUGACGACGAAAACGAGAAUGCGGAUGAGAAGAAAUGGCGAUAUUUUUCGGGCGAUAUUUUUUUCGUCCUAAAACACCGGCACUGGACUUUGCCACCACCGCAGGUCAAACGUCUUCAGUCCGGGUGGGACAUGUUGCACCGGCUGAUGAGCCCUAACAUCACAAUUCCGUCGCUGUUAGCCGUACUGUACGGCUUGUCCCACCUACGAGUACGGCCCGAACGCCACGCUGGCGGCGGUGUCACCGCCGCUGCCCCGGCGGCCACCGCAGCGGCAGGAGGUGAGUACGGCAUGGAGUCCGCAGCCGCGGGGGUAACGGUGCCUGUGGCGGUAGGCCACGUCAAUCGCAUGCCGACGGCGCUCAAGGUUGCCGUACAGCUCGUCGACGCUGCGGCGCCAGUCAUGACGCCGCGGCAAGUAAUACAAGCGCUGGUGUCGCUGGCGGCUGCGGGCGUGACGGUAUCGCCGCCGUUAUUGCAACGGGCCGAGCACCUGUACGGAACCCAUGUGAAGGGCGCCGUCGGCGCCGCUGACAGUGGUAGCACCUGUACCGCCGGCGCCGCUGGCAUCGCACACGGCAAAGACAACGUCGGGGGGGACGCAGGCAGCGGUGGCGGCACCGGCGAUGGAGGCGUUGGAGGUCAUGAAGCAGAUCCUGCUACGACGAGUACGGCAGGCAGCGAAGUUAGCCUCGACCAGCAAAAGCCUGUAAUUGGUGGCGGCGGCGGCGGCGGUGCUAACGGCGGCAGGGUGCCGCGCGACUUGGCGCCCAUGUGCGCGAUGGUGGGUCGUGUGCUGGCGUGGCAGCCCACCGCGGCGGCGGCGGCAAUGCUAUCGGACGAUUUUGUACGGCAUUGUCGCACCUCCGCACUUGGGGCAAGCCGCAGCGGCAUGUAG